AUGAAGGGCGUCUCUUUCUUUCCGUCGGCCGCCUUGUGCCUGGCCGCGGUCGCUGCGGGGCUCGCCAUGCCCAGAAGCUAUGCAGUCGACAGGUCGUACAGCUUGAUGUCAGAGGCGGGAACCAAUUACAGCGUCUUUGAACACGCAGCCACGAACUCUAGAACCCGGUUUGUCCAGGACUCGGGCAUCUGCGAGACGACGCAAGGGGUUAAGCAGUUUUCGGGCUACUUCGACGUCGGAACCGACCAGAACAUGUUCUUCUGGUUCUUCGAAGCGCGUAAGGACGCGAAGACGGCGCCCCUUGCCUUGUGGCUGAACGGCGGGCCUGGAUGCAGCUCCAUGCUCGGCCUCUUCCAGGAAAACGGACCCUGCACGUUCGGCACAGGGGGCGGCGCGGAGCCGACUUUGAAUCCCAACUCAUGGAACAACUUUGCAAACAUGCUCUACGUGGACCAGCCGAUCGGGGCCGGUUUCAGCUACGGCACGAGCGAUACAACCAGCACAGUCAAGGCCGCGCCCAAGGUUUGGGCACUGAUGCAGUCCUUCUAUACCCAGUUCCCCGACUACAAGAACCGCGACUUCGGUGUGUUCACCGAGUCGUACGGCGGUCACUACGCCCCAGAGUUUGCCGACUACUUCCAGGACCAGAACGAGGCCAUUGACAAGGGGACGGUCAAGGGCGAAAAGAUCAAGUUGGUAGCCGUUGGAAUCAACAACGGCUGGAUCGACCCAGAGGCCCAGUACCCCGCUUACUUGGAGUACGCCGUUAACAACACGUACAACAAGAUCAUCGACCAGAGCAAGCACGAUGAGAUCGUCAAGUUGUAUGAGAAGGACUGCAAGCCGGCGAUAGCCAAGUGCACGGAGAUCGAGGGCCAGGACGAGGCCUGCGUGGCGGCCGAUACGACUUGCUACAACGCCGUGGAAGCCCCCAUAGAGGCCGUCAAGACCUUCAACGUGUACGACGUCAGGGCCAAGGACGACAAGUUCCCGCCCAACACGUACGCGAAGUACCUGCAGAAGCCCGAGGUCGUGAAAGCCAUCGGCGCAAAGUCGUCGUACCAGGAGUGUCCUCAGGGGGCCUAUGACAAGUUUACUUCCACCGGUGACGCUCAAAGAUCGUUCCUCAAAAAGCUUCAGGAGGUGAAAAACAAAGAUGUCCAGGUCCUCAUUUGGGCUGGUGACGCCGACUUCAUCUGCAACUACAUCGGUAACUACGAAGUGGUGAAGAAGGUCGGAGGCGAGGAGUUUGAGAAGGCGGAAAUGAAGGACUUCAAAAUGGACGGGAAGAAGAAGGGCGAGUUCAAGACCGUCAAGAACCUGAGCUGGCUGAUGGUCUAUGAGGCCGGCCACGAGCUUCCGGCGUACCAGCCCGAGGUCGCGUUCGAGGCCUUCAAGCAAACCAUGUCCAAGAAGCCCAUUUCGUCGCCGCAGUAA